ACGACUGUGUAUCAAUGCACAGAUGGAACCAUAUCAUCAAGUUCACCGGUGACACGACCGUGGUGGGUCUCAUCAGCAAGAACGACGCAUAAAAGCUUCUUGACUUGAAGUCAUUUUAUACCAUUUUACCUCUUAAUCGAACAUGAACGACUACUAACUGUAGACUAAACCUCCAACCCAAGAGUCUUAAUACACCGUAUUAAUUUGCCUUGAUUAUACUACACUGUUUUAUAUUUCAUCCAAUAGGUGGCGCUGUAUUUUAGUAUGUUGCUGUUUGUUAUGUCCUACCCGUAUUCGACAAAUCUGUUCUCUUGGAUUGUGAUUGGUUAGUUGCUCUUCGUCUACGCGAGAGCUGGAUUAUUUUAUCCAAUCAGACCCGUGGAGGCGGGACUUUCUGUAAUACGGGUAGGAAAGAAAGCAACGAACUCUUGAAGGACCAAAAGCGUGAGAUUCACCUUGCUAAUGUCUUUAUCUAAUGUGCGUUAUUACUGUUCUGUGCAGUGUAUUUAGAUCCUACAAUGAGCAGAUAUGUCCUUCCUGUGUCUGUGUUCGGGACUGUGUUCGGCUGUGCUGUGCUGCUAAAGAAUCAUUUGACAGGAGGCUCCUGUCCAAGUAAAACCAAGAUCCAUGGAAAGACGGUGGUUAUAACUGGGGCCAACACCGGGAUCGGAAAAGAGACGGCCCGAGAGCUGGCCAGGAGAGGAGGAAGGAUUAUUAUGGGAUGUCGGGACAUGAAGAAGUGUGAGGAAGCAGCGUAUGAGAUCAGAGGUUCUACCCUGAACCCCCAUGUUUACGCCAGACACGUUGACCUGGCUUCAAUUAAAUCUAUACGGACAUUUGCUGAGAAGAUUAUCCAAGACGAGGAAAGAGUGGACGUUCUGAUCAACAAUGCUGCAGUGAUGAGGUGUCCUCCAGGGAAGACUGAAGAUGGAUUUGACAUGCAAUUUGGAGUCAACUACCUGGGCCAUUUCCUCCUGACCAACUUGCUGCUGGAGAAGCUGAGAGACUCCGCCCCCAGCAGAGUGAUCAACUUAUCGUCUUUGGCGCACAUCGUCGGCGAGAUUGACUUUGAGGAUCUGAACUGGGACAGGAAGAAGUUUGACACGAAAAAGGCGUAUUGCCAGAGCAAACUCGCCAUCGUGCUGUUUACACGAGAGCUUGCACGCAGGCUUGAAGGUACUGGAGUCACGGUAAAUGCCCUGCACCCUGGAGUUGUUGCCACAGAUCUGGGUAGACACACUGGCAUGCACCAAUCCCAGUUCUCCAGCACUGUGCUCAGUCCAGUCUUCUACCUGCUCAUAAAGUCACCCGAACUUGGUGCGCAGCCCAGUGUCUACCUGGCUGUUGCCGAGGAGCUGGCGGGCGUGAGCGGUCGUUAUUAUGACGUUAUGAAGGAGAAAGAACCCGCCCCUCAGGCUCUGGACCAGGAAGAGGCGGUCAGGCUCUGGGAUAUCAGCACAUCUCUGGUGGGUUUAGAGACCACUGUUUCUGUACAAACAUCUUCUCCAGAGACCGUAACGCAAGUUCUGCCGGAGCAGAUCCGGACACGUCCUUCAGAGCCCACUCCUGCUGUCACUAGCAUGUAAGAGGCUGUGAGGCAAAGUGAUUUCAAAUAGUACGUGUUACGGAACUGAAAAUCGCUGCUACAUGUGGAAACUGUUUAUGGUGACUUCUUCAUCACACAGCAAAUGAAAAUGUAUAACAGUCUUUUUACGUACCAGUUGAGCUGGAACAUCUUUUUGGAAUUAAAAGUAUAUAUUUAAAACAA